GGCCGGCCUCCCGCGAUGCGGAGCGACAGCGCUGGGUCGCCGGAGCGCGAAGCGGAGGACCACGCGGCGGCGGCGGCGGCGGCUUUACCUGCCCCGCCUGCCAUCGAUUUCCCCGCCGAAAGCCCGGACCCCAAGUACGACGAGUCCGACGUGCCGGCUGAACUCCAGGUGUUGAAAGCCCCCCUGCAGCAGUCGACGACGUUCCCCUUCGCGGUUGCAAAUCAGCUGUUGCUGGUCUCCCUGCUGGAACACCUGAGCCACGUGCACGAGCCAAACCCAGCCCGCUCCCGACAGGUGUUUAAAUUGCUGUGCCAGACCUUCAUCCAGAUGGGGCUGCUGUCGUCUUUCACCUGCAGCGAUGAGUUCAGCUCCCUGAGGCUGCAUCACAACCGGGCUAUCACUCAUUUGAUGCGCUCCGCCAAGGAGAGAGUCCGGCAGGACCCUUGUGAGGAGAAUUCUCAUACCCACAGCAUCAGGUUAAGAGAAGUCGCCUUCGAAGCACAGACCUCGCGUUACUUAAGUGAAUUUGAAGAGAUUGCCAUCUUAGGAAAGGGUGGCUAUGGACGAGUCUAUAAGGUCAGGAAUAGAUUAGAUGGCCAGUAUUAUGCAAUUAAAAAAAUCCUGAUGAAGAAUGCUGUUAAAACCGAGUGCAUGAAGGUACUCCGGGAAGUGAAGGUGCUGUCUGGGCUGCAGCACCCCAACAUUGUAGGCUACCACACUGCCUGGAUUGAACACGUGCACAUGGCCAAACCGGAAGACAGCGUGUCCGUCCAGCUGCCCUCUCUGGAAGUGCUCUCCGAAAGUGACCAGUGCAGCUUUAAAAACGAUGGCGGCGGCAGCAGCAGCUCCUCCAUCAUCUUUGCCGAGGUCACUGCAGACAAGGCCUUUGGAGAGCCGGGUUUUGAGGUUCAAGAGAACAGACUGGUGAACUACACCCCUGGCAUGACUACCAGAGAGGCCCCUGAGUGUGAGCCCUGCUCUGAGCUGCAGGAAGAUGGCGGGUCGCUGGCUGCUGAGUGUGAGCUGCUCAGGUGUCACUCAGACAAGGAGGAAGCGUUCACGUCCACCGAGGAAUCGUCCGAAGAACACGUCGGCGUGUUCGGGCAGACAAAGGUGCAGUAUCACCUGAUGCUACACAUGCAGAUGCAGCUGUGUGAGCUCUCGCUGUGGGACUGGAUCACCGAGAGGAACAGGAGUUGCCGGGAGUGCGUGGAGGCGGCGUCCUGUCCUUAUGUUAUGGUCAGUGUCGCAACGAAAAUUUUUCAAGAGUUGGUGGAAGGUGUCUGCUACAUACAUAACAUGGGCAUUAUGCACAGAGAUCUGAAGCCAAGAAAUAUCUUUCUCCACGGUCCUGAUCAGCAGGUGAAAAUUGGAGACUUUGGGCUGGCCUGCACAGACAUCCUGCAGAAAACCUCAGACUGGACUCAGAGAAACGGGAAGGCGGCGACGCAUACUUCUCGAGUGGGGACUUCUCUGUACGCCUCCCCUGAGCAGUUGGAAGGAUCUGAUUAUGAUGCCAAGUCCGAUAUGUACAGCUUGGGGGUCAUUCUGCUAGAGCUCUUUCAGCCCUUUGGGACAGAAAUGGAGCGAGCAGAAGUCCUAACUGAUUUAAGAGCCGGCCAGAUACCUGAAUCUCUCAGUAAAAGGUGUCCAGUGCAAGCCAAGUACGUCCAGCAGUUAACCAGCAAGAACUCCUCUGAGAGGCCGUCUGCUGUCCAGCUGCUACAGAGUGAACUCUUCCAGGAUUCCGGAAAUAUGAAUCUUAGCUUACAGAUGAAGGUGCUAGAGCAAGAAAAAGAAAUCGAAGAACUCAAGAAACAGCUGAGCCGCCUCUCCCAGAGCAAAGGGGUCAAGGAGGACAUGAAAGUUGAAAGUGUGUCCGGCUAGCCUGAAUUAGGCUUUCCUGGAGAAGGGCUUCGGAAAGUUCGUGGAAAAAUGUCCUACUGCAGACACUGCAGUUGCUCCCACCCUGGUGCCCCCUGCUGCCGCCUUCAGGCCUGCACACUUGACGAGAUGGAUUCUCACCAGCCUUGACAGCUGCCAGUCUUCCUAAGCCAGAUGGUCUUUUCCUGCAGCUGCUGAAGCAACUGCACAGAAAGGCCUGUGCACAACUCCCAGCUGGCUCUCCCCUGCCUCUGAGACGCUCACCACCCUCAGCUUGCCAUCGGCCCUCUAGCAGGCCUUUUCCAAGGUGGCCACGUCUGACCCCCAACUCGUUUCUCCUCAGAGCACUUUGAGAUCAUCUUUCGUGCCUUACUUAUCCCACACCCUCUCCUACAUCACAGCCCUCGUCUCUUGUACCACCCUGCCCGUUCCUGAAGGGCAGUGCCUGGACGUGUUCAUUUCUGGACCCCUGCCACACAGUUGCCGUCCACCAUGGAGCCACAUGUGUGAUUUUGCAGAAUUUUAAAUAAAAGGAAAGCCACA